CGGAUUUUCACCGCGGCAGACCGGCAACAAAAUAUGAGUAUCGUAUCGUAUCCUGAUAAUCAUCGCGGUGCCAGUUAUUUCCGGCCAACAAUGCCUUUUGGGGGGUGUACAUACAAGGGGAAGUGAUCGAGGAGACGGGAGGUUGACAAAUGCAUGUCGUCACCAUCGCAAUCGCUGUUGCGACCUUUCAGCUCCACCGGUUCGAUACUGACCAUCGCCAUGGACGGAAAUGGUGGGUUGCCGCCUACACUAGAAAAGGACGCAAGCUCCGGUUGUUGAGCGGGGAUUAGAGACAGCUCCGUCCUUUAUCUCCACUGAAUAUUUGGGUUUGAAAUGUCGCCCAGGCCCCUCCUCAUCCCAUUCUCCAAGUCUCUCCUUCCCGCGGUCCGUUUAAAAGCCAGCUUCGUCCCGCUCUCUUCCUGUCCAUCUCGUCUCUAUUCCACAACACCAUCCAGACAAACAAACACAAUGGCUUCCGAUUCCCCCGUCGUUCCCACGGCCUACGAGCCCAAGGACAUGAAGUUCCGCUACCUGGGCAACACCGGUCUCCAGGUUUCCAUCUUCUCCCUCGGUGGCUGGCUCACCUACGGUGGUACUCAGAAGGGCGAGAUCGUCAAGAAGUGCCUCCAGACUGCCUGGAACCAUGGCAUUCAAACCUUUGACACCGCUGAGGUAUAUGCGAACGGAGCUUCCGAGGUCGAAAUGGGUCAGGCGCUCAAGGAGCUCGGCUGGCCCCGUGACGAGUACGUCUUGACCACCAAGGUCUUCUUUGGCACCGGUCGCAAGGAGCCCAACACUCGCGGUCUCAGCCGCAAGCACAUUGUUGAGGGUCUCAAGGCCUCGGUCAACCGUCUCCAGACCCCUUACGUCGAUGUCGUCUUCGCCCACCGUCCCGACGCUGCCACCCCCAUGCUGGAGAUCGUCGAGGCCUUCACCCAGGUCAUCCGCAACCUCAACCUCGCCUACUACUGGGGUACCUCUGAGUGGAGCGCCGUCCAGAUCAAGGAGGCCAUCCACCUCGCCGACAAGCACAACCUGAUCGCCCCCGUCGUCGAGCAGCCCCAGUACAACGCCUUCCACCGCGAGCGUUUCGAGAACGAGUACGCUCCCCUCUUCAAGGAGCACGGCUACGGCACCACCAUCUGGUCUCCUCUCGCCAGCGGCUUGCUCACCGGCAAGUACAACGACGGCAUUCCCGAGGACUCUCGCUUUGCCACCAACAAGGCCUUCUUCGAGAACACCAUCAAGAGCCUGCAGUCUGAGGAGGGUCAGGCCAAGAUCGAGAAGGUCCGCAAGUUGACCAAGAUCGCCGAGCGCCUCGGUGCUACCGUCACUCACCUUGCUCUUGCCUGGGCUGCCAAGAACCCCAACGUCAGCACUGUCAUUCUCGGUGCUACCAAGGUUGAGCAGAUCGAGGACAACCUCAAGGCUCUGCCCCUUAUUGACAAGCUCACUCCUGAAAUCAUGGAGGAGAUUGAGUCUGUUCUUGACAACAAGCCCACGCCUCCUGCCACCUACGGCCGUGACAGGUAAAGGGCUGGCUUUGUGACGAAUGGAUGAAGUAAUGAAAUAGAAUAAUUAAAAAGUUCAACCUCAACUAUCAUUGUUUCACGUAUACUCUCCGGUGUUCUGUCAUGUGUGUGUGCCUCUCUAGAA